UUUGUUGCUCAUCCGAACUGCCAGCAGCAACUGCUGACUAUCUGGUAUGAGAAUCUACCUGGCCUGAGGCAGCAGUCCAUUGGUGUGAAGUGCUGGACAGUCCUGGGAGUAACUGUAGGCCUCCCAUUCCUGGCUAUUGCCUACUGGAUAAUGCCAUGUAGCAAGCUUGGUCAGAUCCUGCGAAGCCCCUUCAUGAAGUUUGUGGCUCACGCUGUCUCCUUCACCAUCUUCCUGGGUCUCCUGGUCGUCAAUGCUUCCGACCGCUUUGAAGGAGUAAAGAACCUUCCCAACGAGACCAUCACAGACCAUCCUCGACAGGUGUUCAGGGUCAAAACCACCCAGUUUUCCUGGACAGAGAUGUUGAUAAUGAAGUGGGUAUUGGGCAUGAUUUGGUCAGAGUGCAAGGAGAUCUGGAGUGACGGACCCAGGGAGUAUGUCAUGCACCUUUGGAAUGUUCUGGACUUUGGUAUGUUAUCCAUCUUUGUGGCAUCCUUCACGGCACGCUUCAUGGCAUUCCUGAAGGCAUCCAAGGCCCAGCAAUAUGUCGACAUGCAUGUACCAGAUGACGACCUCAGCAACGCCUCACUGCCUGAUGAAGUGGCUUAUUUCACUUACGCCAGAAACAAGUGGCGCCCAUCAGAUCCUCAGAUCAUCUCAGAAGGCCUGUACGCCAUCGCCGUCGUUCUGAGCUUCUCUCGCAUCGCCUACAUACUGCCAGCCAAUGAGAGCUUUGGACCCCUGCAGAUUUCACUGGGGCGCACAGUCAAGGACAUCUUCAAGUUUAUGGUCAUUUUCAUCAUGGUGUUUGUGGCCUUCAUGAUCGGCAUGUUCAACCUGUACUCAUAUUACCUCGGAGCAAAGUACAACCCUGCCUUCACCACGGUAGAGGAGAGUUUCAAGACUCUUUUCUGGUCAAUCUUCGGGCUGUCUGAAGUGAUUUCGGUGGUGCUGAAGUAUGACCAUAAGUUCAUAGAGAACAUUGGCUACGUGCUGUACGGAGUCUAUAAUGUCACUAUGGUGGUAGUUCUUCUCAACAUGCUCAUUGCCAUGAUCAACAGCUCUUACCAGGAGAUAGAGGAGGAUGCCGAUGUGGAGUGGAAGUUUGCUCGAGCUAAGCUUUGGCUCUCCUACUUUGAUGAGGGCCGCACCUUACCCGCCCCCUUUAAUCUCGUUCCCAGCCCUAAGUCCUUCUACUACUUGGCCCUAAGGAUCAAGUCCUGUCUGAUUCACCUCUGCAAGGCCAACGGCCAUCACCAUAAUGAGGUGGAGAUGGGCAUGCUCAACUCCCAGGCCAAGGAUGAACGCUUCAAGUCUUAUCCACGGCCUGGAGAAGAGUUCACCCAGAGAAAAGCUAGAAAACACCCCACCAGAUACCAGAAGAUCAUGAAGCGCCUGAUUAAGCGUUAUGUGCUUAAGGCUCAAGUGGACAGAGAGAGUGAUGAAGUUAAUGAAGGCGAGCUGAAGGAGAUCAAGCAAGACAUUUCCAGCCUCCGCUAUGAACUCCUGGAGGAGAAGUCCCAGGCCGCAGGCGAGCUGGCUCUGCUUAUCCAGCAACUUGGCGACAAGUUUGGCAAGAACACCAUGAGACACUGACAGGACUUGCAAGAAGAGAUGGGGAGAAUGUGAGAAAGGGUGAAAUCAGGAA